AUGGCUGGUGAGCCAGUCGUUGAAGAUCAACAACGGCAACGAACUUUGAAAGCAUUGGAGCGAAGGUUCGAGGCUGCCCAAGCUGAACUUGAUUUACAAAAAAAGAAGACUGUAAAGAGACCAAAAACCGAGGAAGCUGGAAAGAAAUCGCAUAUCCCAACUUCUUCGGCUGUUGAUUCUUCAGCAAAGUCAACCAAUGCAUCAACCUCACGUUCAACGCCAUCAAAGAAAGGAGCUUUCACUUUUUCUGGUUAUGUUAAUUCACAAGAUAUCGAUGAAAGCGGUCCAACGUAUGCAAAACUCUCUCAAUCUGUACAUGAGAAUCUGCUGACAACCAAUGUUGAGGUCUCUGGUAGAAAGGAGAGUAAAGUUGAUAAGGUUUUGCACGAGCUUCUUCAGAGUGGAGACUCGGCUCAGAAGUACAUGCAAGGAUCCAGAAGCAAGAGAAUUGACAAUUGGAUCCUCCUUGACAAUUACGUGCAAGGACGUGGCGUUUCAACUGGCUCUCGUGCCAGAGCGUUGCAGAUUCAUUCGAAGCGCUCGAAAAAAUGCAUGUCGAUCAAGCAGCAAAAAAAGCAUGGAUUGUUUGAUUUGCCCCAAGAUUUCCAUUGCUUUGAUAAAUUUAAGCCAAUGCAUGAGAUGUGGAAAGACUAUAUUGUGCAACUUCUGAAAACUACUGGGAAGAAUCAGCUGGCUCAAUGUCUUCUUACUGCAGAUCUACAUGGUGCUAUUAUUUCAGUUGCUGAAUGUAAAGUAACUUCCUACACUGGAGUGAGUGGUAUCAUGAUUCGUGAAACAGCAGAAACAUUUGGGAUAAUUACACAGGAUGAUAAAUUCAGAGUUGAUUGCUGGAAGAUUACCUUGCACGGGGACAAACUCACUUCAAGAAACUUGAGUUUGUGA